AUGAUGCUUAGUUGUGUGCUGGCCGCACAACAACAACCACCUUCAUCGCGUGCCAAAGAGUUGGGUCUCACGCAAACUUGGAGUGCACCCAUGAACGCCACCAAAGGAGGAGACAUCGCCCAAUUCAUGUCAGAAAAUUGGGGCGUGAUGAAUCACAACUUUUAUGGCAAGGAAGACGUAUCAUUUACAAAAGAUCCUGUGGGUGGAAGCAGCAGCAGCAGUAAUACCACCGAUGAUUCGGGCGUAAUGGAGGUGCAGUACAAGGCUGGAUCUUAUGCUGCCAAGGAUGAUGGUGCGAUCGGUGGUUGCGAGUUUAAUGCUUAUCCCUUUGGCGAAUCAGCAUCUUUUGACAGUGCCUUGUUAAGUUAUCAAGUCGCCUUUGAUGAUGGCUUUGAUUGGGUUCAAGGUGGUAAAUUGCCUGGCAUCUUUGGAGGUGGCGAGGAUGAAAAAUGCUCUGGUGGUGAUAAGGCGGAUGGUAGUAAUUGCUUUUCGCUCCGACUCAUGUGGCGUGAAGAAGGAGAAGGCGAGGCCUAUGCUUAUAUCCCUGACAACGAAAUUUGCGAUUCAAACAAAAAUAAUGUUACCUGUAUUGAUGGCUUUGGCAUCAGCUUCUCACGAGGUGCUAUCAAAUUCAAAACCAACGAGUGGACAAAGAUGGAAAUCUACGUCAAAAUGAAUGAUGCUAGUGACUCUAAUGGCGAACUCAAGGUGUGGCAAGACGACUCGCUUCUCAUUGAUGCCUCCAAUAUCAAGUACAGAACCACAGACCAACUUGGUGUUAGCAGUCUCAUGUUCAGCACCUUUUUCGGUGGUGGAAGCAAGGAGUAUGCAUCAUCCACCGAUACUUCAACGUAUUACAAGGAUAUCGAAUUCAGCGUUAGCAAAUGA